GCAUUUCUAAACCUCUUGUUGACGGGCUCAAAAUCAGAAUAGCACGAGCAACGAAAACAUGGCUUGGCGCGGGUCUCUCUCAAGGUCUCUCCUCUCAAAUGCAAGAGCUUCCACCGCACGCUCUUCCUCGCCGUCCCUCCCCCGUCUCCGUCCUACUUCGUCAGCUCCUCUUCACGGCCAAUACGCUCUUUCUCGCCGCCUCUUCUCUUCCGACCUUCUCAGGAGCGGCGGUUUUCUCGCUUGCACUCAGUCACUACUGCCUCUGCACAGCGUGGUAGCCGCCACUCGUCUCACGUCGCACAUCGCUGUCGAGGCGCGCACUUGCUGCGAGUUGUCUCAGGGUACUUAAGGUAUUGACUUAUGGACCAGCAUUCUAAGUGCUGGAUGUGUCAUACCAUGGAGCUUGCUGUAGGGCCUUUUAGUUGGGGAGCAGAGCUGUAUGCUUUGGGGUCUUCCUUUUUUGUUGCUUCUGGAAAGUAUUUGAGAUUGUUUCCUUUGUCUGUCAUAGAAUCCCUCUUCAACCCCUCUUCAAAAUUUCCUGCCUAUCUGACAUUUAUUUUCUUAGGGAAAGUGACAAAUGUACAGUUCUGCAAUGUUUAUUAUUUACUGGAGUUUGGUAUCACUGUGCCUUGAUGCUUUACCUGCAGUACAAUGUUAGAAGAACUAGAUUUGGAUGUUUGGUAA